AUGCUACUCACAAGUGAAAGUCUGGAACUGAUAGCAGAAAAUAAGAAUUCCUUACAAGAAGCAUUCAAGAUGAAGGAUUUGGGGGAACUCAAAUAUUUCCCUGGGAUAGAGUUUGCAAGAUCAGAAAAGGGGAUUCUACUGCAUCACAAAAAGUAUGCAUUAGAAUUAGUGUCAGAAUCAGGCUUAAGUGCUUCCAAACCUGCAAUUACUCCUAUGGAAGCAAACUGCAAGCUCACUACAAUAGAAUAUGAUAAAACUGUGAAAAAGCUAAACAAAGAAAAAGGGAUCAAGCAUGAGGGAACACAAGACAGGUUACUAGAGGAUCAAAGUAUCUAUCAAAGACUGAUUAGGAAUCUCUUAUAUCUCACAGUAACAAGACCAGACAUAGCUUAUACAGUUUAG